AUGCUCGGCGGCCGCGGGGGCCGGGAUGGAGCUGCCCGGGCCGGGAGCCCCGCGGAGCCGGUGCGCGUCCCCGGCCCGCCCGGGGGUUCCGCCCCAGGGGCGCAGCGGCGCUUACCGUGGCUCAGCCGGGAUGGGAACGCGCUGUUCCGUGGCAGUUCGUUCCCGAGUUUAACCAAACCGGGUGAUGGAUCUGCCCCAGGAGGGCUCUCAAGAUCCCUCUGUGGGCAGCAGGCGCUCAAGGUUGUUGUGCUGACCCGCUUGCAGAGAGGUCUGGCACAUCUGGUGCAUCUCCACAUCUGCCGCUCGGAACGCCUCAGGCCCGCGGCCGCUCCCGCCUCCGCCGCGCGCGGGCCACGCCCCGCCCGCAGGUCCUGGCAGGGCCGGAGGGAGCGCGGGUCCGGCGGGAGGAGCGGCGCGGCCGCGGCCGGGCUGAUGCUGCCUGCGGGCUGCGGCCGAAGGGCGGCGGCGGCGCUGAGGGCGGCGCUGGGCGAGGGCGCGGAGCGGCGGCGGGAGCUGGAGCGGCGGGCGGCGCGGAGCCGGGCGCUCCUGGGGCGCUGGGAUGAUGAGGAAGAGGAGCGGCCACAGCCACAAUCAGGCUCCAGUACUGAGCAUGAAGACAGGCCUUCACCCAAGGAGCUAGAGGAGCUGGAACUGCUGAACAGGGCCUUAGAGAAGGCACUGAAGGUCAGGAAAAGCAUCUUGAAAACUCCAUUAGAGACUCAGGGAGCUACAGGACAGAAAUGGGCAGGUGAAGCACAUGCUCCCAAGAAAGCUGAAGAACAGCAGGUGCCUGUAUCUGUUGAGGAUGUUCCUGAGUGCAGGAAGGUGAGAGCUGGAAGCAAAAAGCCUUUGUUGAAGAAGCCCUCUCCAUACCAGUUAAGACCCCCUUACAGGACUGACCCAGAUGUGAAGAAACUGCAAAGGAAAGUCCCAGCCAGAUGUGUUUCUCAAGGCCCCAGGACAGCUGGGAAGAUUUCCUCAAAAGGGAUGACUUCCAAACAAGGAAGGAGUCACAGGACAGCAGCUGGUGCCAGUGGCAGAGAAGUCUGUGCUGCAGCUGAACCCCAGGAGACACCUGGCUUGUCUGAAUCUGCCCCAAAUGAGCAGCAAAGCUUUUCUGGAGGGGAUUCAGCUGCAGGAAAGAAUUCCAUGGCUGCUGGCAAGCAGUUACUUCAUGCAGUGAAGAAAAGUUCUGGUUUCCUAGCAGAGUCCAGCAAAAAGGAGGACACUACAGGUGCGUGGGGAAGGAGCAUCUCACCAGGGACAGGCACCCUGCAGGAAAAGGGGUGCCAGCUGAAGCUCCCCCUUCCCUACAGGAAAGCUUAUUCCAGGAACUCCAGGGCAUGGGAGAGAUGUCGCCUGUGCCAAACAAGUGCAGAUGCAGCAGCUGCAAGGACCCAUUUUAUGGAGAGAAUCCAGACAACCUUUUGCUCCCUGAAGCUGAGCCCCAGUCCUGCAGAGAUAGAGGAGGAAUUAAGAGGCCUCCAGGAUGUCCCCUCCCGUCUGAGGCAGUAUGUGGAAGCUGAGCCUGCAGACCCUUCCACUCUGCAAGGAGAGUAUGAAAGCCUUCUGACCUUGGAGGGUUUGCAAACCACAGUGUCCCAGUGUCUGCAGAAGCUGCAGCUGCUGCGAGAAGCUCUGGAGUCCCAGCUGAGGCUGCACCCAGACUGCACUGGGGAUGUGGGGAGCUGCUCUCCAGCCUGUGUCCCUGUCAGGGGACAGAUGUGUGACAGUGCAGACAUGCUGGCUGUGCCUCUCCUCUGUUACUCCAGUCUCCAGGAGCUCAGGGACCUGUUUGCCUUGAAGCUGCAAGUGUCAAUGCUGCACCAAGAGAUUGCCUUACAAAAGGUGAUGAUGGCAGAGCUGCUGCCUGUCCUGGAGGCCAGGCCAUUGCUGGAGGGCUCUGCAGGGCUGUUCCGGGCCAUCCAAAGCCAGCUCUGUGAGGGCGGCCGGCGCUUCCCUGUGCUGGUGAGAGACGAGCUGCUGGACUGAGCUGGGGAGCCUCCUGCUAGUCCUGCACAGAGCCAAAGACAGCUCCAAACAAUAAAUCUUUUCUAUGAACUUC